ACUCCCGGCCCAACUCUCUCGCCGAGCAGAAGGUGAACGUAAAGCCCUGGUUUGCGCCGGGCCAAAGCAUCCUUUAGGAGCCACGGCCCCGAGGGAGAUUAUCAUGUCGGGGGUAAUCCGAGGAGGAGGAGGAGGAGCAACAGUUGGAGCGGUCGGGGGGAGGCGAGCUAAGGCAGGCAGAGCGGCUCGCCGCCCCACUUCAACCAUCUCACAGCUGCGAAGGAGAUGCUGAUGCUCACGAUCUUCCAAACUUUUUCUUCCUGUGCGAAUCUGCUCGGAAAGCUAUGAAAGUCCCAGGAAUGCGGAUUUGGAUCUUUCCUGCAAAGGAACACGAGUGAUCUUAAAGAAAGACGCUCAAAGGGCCCAAAUCAAGUCGGGACAGCUCCCUCUCCGGAGGGCGCAGCCGAGCCGAGUCGGGAUGAGAGUUCCUCACCCGUCAACACGGUGAUGGACUUUCCUGGAGGAGGUCAGCCCGAGACAAACGCCACACAGCUAAGUCUGGAUUAGCCGGCCCGAACGAGUCUCAAUGCUCCUCCACGCUCUAAGAUGAAGUUAUGGAAAAGUGCUACUUUUGCCUUCAUGCUCUGUGGCGCCGCCCUGUCCAUCAUCCUCGUUAGAAACAUGGCCACCACCGCCGGACACCCGAAAGCAAAAACUAAACACCAAGCCUCAUCUUCCUCCUCAUCCUCAUUCUCCUCGCGACAUACGUCAUUCUCAGGAACUCCAUCCUCAUCGCCAGCAGCCGCCUGGACCAGGGCGGGUCAUCGGAGGACACGCUCGGCAGACAACAUGAACUCCCUACUCUCAGAAUUGUCCAUGAUGUUCCAGAGCUUCACAGAAGGUGAGCUUCAGCACGUAGUGGGGACACUACUGGACGGGAAGAGACGGAAAAACCGUGAUCAAAGCCAGAGCCGAAGGACUAAAAGAGCCCGGCGGGCCAAGCCGUGCUCGGUGAGGGAACUGGAACUGACGGUGAGCGAACUGGGUCUGGGCUACGACAGCGACGAGACGGUGAUGCUGCGCUACUGCAGCGGCAAGUGCACGGCGCAAAGGCGCAACUAUGACAUCACCAUGGAGCACAUGAUGAGGACAGGCUUCCGGAAGAAAGGUCGCAAAGACAAGGUGGGCAACGGCCCCUGUUGCCGGCCCACCGCCUUCGAGAAGGAUUUCUCUUUCCUGGAUAACCGCAGCCGCUACCACACCAUACAGAACAUUUCGGCCAAGAACUGCGGCUGCGUAUGACCCCGCCCGGGCCGAGACUCACUUCUUCAUGCUGCUCUAAGCUCAUCCGACAUUGGAAAACUAUGGAAUAUAAACUCAACAUCAGGAAUCCGUUCAGAAGGAUACCGAGACAACGGACAAGUGGGCGGAUAGUGACUGCUAUCCGCGUUUGGUUUUUGUAUUCUCUUUUCUAUCUGUGUAGUAACACUGUAAGCAAUGGUGUCACAGCUAUGUAGCCACAUUACGUUCGUGCUUGUCUUGUCGUAGUACCGUGUGACCAACGCUGAGUCGCAGCCCGAGUAGUUGGACGCCGUCAUGGCAUUUCACGCUCCGAAGAGCUUUUGCAACGUUGGCCCCUCCAAGCAGGCAGGCAAAAAAACUGCCAGCAAAAUUGGACCGUACACGAACAUUGGCAGAAAAACCGUUGAUUGUCAAAUGUCACUCACAAAACUAGCAGGAAUAUUUUGGAUGAAGUCAUUGUCAAACUCAAGAUGCCCCAUCAAGCUUAAUCCUUGCAGCACCUCUAAUGUCAUCCCUAACCAAACGUAAAUUCUAAAAACAAUUUUAGGCAAAGCCCAAGACUGAACUUAAACUCACAUUUUACAUUCACAUGACUUCACGUUGUAAACGCUACGUCAACAUUUUCUCGUCGUACCUCAUUUCUCAAGCUAGUUCAUUAUCUGAACAAUUGAUUGAGUCAGUAUAUGCUGGGUGGAUAUAAAACAUUUUCUGCGUUCAUCUCUCAAAGUGUUGCAAUUAUUUAGCUGCGCAAGAAACUACCGACUUUGAGUCAUAUCCGUUCUCAGGAAAAGUCAUCUUUUAUCCCGACGAUGCUCGUUCCGCAAGCUAUUGGAUUUUCCUCAUCUGAACAAGAAUCGAUUCACAUCGAGUCAUAUUGUGCUCUGUGUCACUCUUCAUAUUGAGUCAGAACCUAGUCAGUAUACGCUGGGUUCAAAGGCAAAGCCACACUUGUUAGUCAAACUAAUUUAUUCCUUUAGCUGAGCAAGAGGCAAGUGAUGUUGAGUCAGAGCCAUCGAAAUUGGGUCGAAAACAAAAUCACGUAUUUACCGCUUGUUCCUCAAACUAUUUUGGGUUUUUUGCUUUGGAACAAUUUCUAAUGUAUACAUACGUACAUGUGAAACCCAGCAAAGUCUAAAUGUUAUUUGAAUCUUAUAUACACAAGGAAAGGGAACAACUUGCUGGUACAAGCGAGUUGUGUGUUUUUGACACUUACUAUCGAGGGAAAGCGCAAAGAGGAUUUUGGAGUACAGAUGACAUUGAAGGAAUGUGCCGCAGAAACAAUUAAAACAAUUCCAGCCUCCUCGUUACAAGUACAUGACUCACUUGCUUGGCAACAAUUAAAAGAAUAACACUAAAAAAACAAAAAGGAAGAGUGAAAGAAAGAUGCUGUCUAGACAUGUCCGUCUUGCUUCCACUGUUUGCUUUAUGCUAUCCCGGCGUGCCGCGCGUUCUCCCGAGCGCACACGAGCGUUGUCAGAAACUGUUGUGGCUUUUUUUUAUUUUUUAUUGACAGGAAUUUUGUGGAUGUUUCAUUUAUGUCUGUGUCAGACCCACACAAACCUCAGUCCUCCAGAUUACGCAAUCACAACAUGGAUGCUAAGUCACCUUUUAAAUGUAAUUAAAGUUACCAAUUAACUAUUGAGCUCCCUGUAUGAUCUUCCGUGGGGAAAUUAACGAUGAUGAAUGAUUUCUUUGCUUCGUGCAUGUUACUGACUGCAGUGUUACAGGAAAGUCUAUUAUUGAUGAAUUCUAUAGCUAUGUUCUAUUGACUCCAGUGUUAUUUAUUGUGUUUUGCGUAGAUGACUAAGGCUCCGCCUUUCACCUCCACACAUUCUGUCUGAAGCAGGGAUGGGGAACCUUUUUUCGUUUUUUCCAUCGUUUUCCAAUCCUAAUCCCAAAGCAAACUCAACCUGUAACCCAAUCCAAACACAAACCUUAACGACGUUUUUAUCCUUAAUCCCAACCUUCAUCCGAAACCCUGCCAAUUGACCCUCUCACAAAAAUCUUGCCAUGACGGGAAAAACUGCACUGGCAGUUGUUGUUACAAGGGCUGAAGCUAUGUUAUAAAAACACAAAAAGAGAAAAUGAAAGAGUGGAAUUAUUCAGAGUUUCGCUACUCUACCAACAGAGACUCUCCACACUUUGCUUUUUAGUCACAGGGAAAACGUUUGAUAUAAAUUAGCUCGUUAUUAGCGAAGAAACAAGACAAGCACAUAACAAUAACAAAUCGAAUAAAAUUUUGCAACAAGAUGGUUCAACUUUAACCUCCACAACAAGUUAUCCGAGGGCCAUCUAUGACGGCAACAAUCAAACAUAUUUGUCAUUGUAUAAUAGCAACAUUAGCGAGUUGGAUGUUCUUCUGACAUUCUGGAAGGUUUCCCCCAUCUCUGCGAUUGAGUCACACCCAGGAAAGACAUUUUUUUUUUUUUAAAUCACCUUCUCCCCUAACCCAACACUUAAAUUAUCCUUCCGCGUACAAUUGCCAAAACACUUGUAAUGACAAUCUCAAACAAAAACGUCUCAAGUAUCCGGCUGAUUGCAAACCCUCCGGAUGUAAUUUGCGGAUGUUUACACCAGCGGAUCUUUAAGGUAAUCCAAACCGUUGGUUAAUUUCACUCAACCCGAAAAUUACCGCCGCCUUCCAAAGAUCCAUCACUAGGCCGCUCGGCUUUUUGCGGAAAAAAAAAGCUAUUGUCACGAACGAUGAAACAUCACUUUUGGCAGUCUUGUGUUGGUUUUGUGUUUUGAAAUGUGCAGUGCAUCAUUAUUGUAGUUGACUUUGUCUAUUUAUUUGGGAAGUAAAUUAUGGUUCUGCGUAUUUAUUUAGUUUACAUACAAGCUUAUUAUCAGGAAGCAACUUUGUGCCAAAACAAUGUUUGUGAUCAUUCUAUACUGACUGCUGAAUAAACAUCAUUUCACAGGUA